CAAGCCUCACGCUCCCCCGCUUCUUUUCAUUUUCAUUUCAACCAACUCUUCUCUCCCAAUUUCAUUUAUCCUAAACCUAAGUAAUUUACAGACACCACAUAGCUGAUGAUGCAGGCUCAGGCUCAGGCUCAGGCUCAGGCUCAGGCUCAGGCCAGUCCUUUACUCUCCCUCUCCCCUAGCUCUCCCAGCUUCAACACCUACUCUUCCGUCAAUCUCGCUGAGAUUGCAGCUCGAGUUGUUGAAGAAUUCCGCUUACAAGACUCCGAUUCUGAAUUCGAAAGCUGGUCGCACCUCCAAUCUGAUCUUCUCCUUAAUCACGACCUAAACGAGGAUGUUCUUGAUGAAGACGGUAACAAUGAGGAUGAUGACUUUGAGUUCGCAUUCGUCUGCAGGGAACCUGAUUCUUCUCCUAUAUCCGCCGACGAGAUCUUCUAUAACGGUCAGAUCAGGCCUAUUUAUCCUUAUCCUUUGUUCACUUCUGAUUUCGGCGGGAGCUCGGAUUCUACUGCUAUUACUGCAACGACGUCGUCCAAAUCGCCUAAGUCCUCCUUCCGUUCGCCGUUGAGGAAGCUUCUGAGCGAGGACCGGGAGCCGUCGGCGUCAUCGUGCUCGUCUUCGGAAGCAGAUGAGCUGGACGGCGUGGCGCCGGAGAGCUAUUGUGUUUGGACGCCGAAGCGGACGGAAGCUGACGAUCAGGGGAGAUGCAAGAAGAGCAACUCAACGGGAUCGUCAAAGCGGUGGAAGCUUCGAGAUCUUCUUCACAGGAGCAACAGCGACGGGAAGGAGACGUUCGUGUUUUUGACGCCGAGCAAAAAGAACGGCGGGGAAGAGGCCAAGGCUGCGGCAAUUGCGUCGGAGAGAGUGAAGGUGAAUGUGAAGGAUCAUCUGUAUCACGUGAAGAGUAACAGCCGACGUCUGAACGAAGGUGAUAAACGGCGGUCAUUCUUGCCGUACAGGCAGGACUUAGUGGGGCUUUUCUCUAAUAUCAAUGGCCUUAGCAGAAAUUUGCAUCCAUUUUGAGAAGAUGAGCCUGUGGCUGUCAACUGAGACAAACAAAAAUUAAAAAAAUUAAAAAAAAAAAAAAAGGUAAAGGUGAGAUUUCUUUUUAUUUUAUUAAUAUUCCGGUUUUAGAAUUGGUGAUUUAGUGAGAGUAAUUAGGAUUAUUUUUAGAAAUUAGGUUAAUUAAAAAUGGAUUUUGUUAUUUUAUAUUAGAAAAAGAAUUAAAGUUUUGUCUGCGAUUCUUGUUACCUGAAUGUUUGUGG